UGGCGGCCAAGAGCUGACCCAGAGUUUCGACAGCGGCCCGGGAGUUGAGACCACGCCCCCUUUGCAGAGAGAACUGCAGGAGCUGAUUGGCUCUCCACCGACCAAUGGGCGCGCCGGGGCGGCCCGGGCUGUCAGCGCGCGCCGCAGCCGCGCCGGCCGCAGCCUGUCCUCCCCUGCUCGGAGCCCCGCAGCCAGCGCAGCCUUCCCGGGAAGCGGGGCCGCGGUUCGCAAGCGCAGCCCUGCCCAGCCCGCCAGCCGCGCGUCCGGGUGCCCGCGCCCCACGGCCACAGCCUUGCUGCCCUUUAGCUCACGGAGCAUGUGCAGACCUGCUGGCGCUAAGGUGCUAUCUGUCCGGGGGACUUUUAAGCAGUGGUGACUGUCACGCCUAGAGAGACCUUUCGGGGGCUGUCGCCGCGCCUCUGCGUCGCGGGUGACACUGCGGUGCUCGAGAUCGGAGCAGCAGCUGCCUCUUGGUGGAGGCGUCUUGGGCUCAGUGCGUCCUCCCUCUCCCUCCUCCUCCUCUCCUCGCUCCUUUCCUCCCCCCGCGGCUCGCUCCUACCCUCGCCCGCUCACACCCGCAGCCUCCCGGAGCGAGAGGUGCGCGUCCCCGCCGUUCCUCUUCUAAAGGGGCCUCCUCACUUCGGAGAUGCAGUGACAAGUUAAUAUGGGCGUCCAAGCAUCGGGUUCCCAGGAGGAGAAUCUCAAGAGGAACAGCCCCUGAACGCCCAGAUCCCUUGAACAGGCAGCGUGAAACCCGGCUGCAGCAUCAGUCCAGGUGGGACCAGCUGAGCGCCGCGACCGGUCCUCUGCUCCAUCCCGCACCCCGAAGGCGCGCUCGCGGGUUUGUUGCGAGCUUCCCGACCCGGGGAUUUUUUUUUUCCCCCUCCGCUGGUGGUGGGCGCCUCGCGGGCCGAGGCCCGGCGCCUGCUCUGCUACCCGCGCUGCCUUUAGCGGUUGCCUCCGCCGCCGCUGCCAGGGACGUGCUGGGAAAGCCGAAGCCCCGGGAGAAGAUGCCGGCCAUCCUGGUCGCCUCCAAAAUGAAGUCGGGACUGCCCAAACCCGUGCACAGCGCCGCGCCCAUCCUGCACGUGCCCCCAGCCCGGGCCGGCCCCCAGCCCUGCUACCUUAAGUUGGGAAGCAAGGUGGAGGUGAGCAAGACCACCUACCCUAGCCAGAUCCCCCUGAAAUCCCAGGCGCUGCAGGAGCCGGCGGGGGAGGGGCUCCCGCUGCGGAAGAGCGGCUCGGUGGAAAACGGGUUCGAUACCCAGAUCUAUACGGACUGGGCCAAUCAUUAUUUAGCCAAAUCGGGCCACAAACGUCUCAUCAAGGACCUCCAGCAAGAUGUGACGGACGGCGUCCUCCUGGCUCAGAUUAUCCAGGUUGUGGCAAAUGAGAAGAUUGAAGACAUCAAUGGCUGUCCGAAGAACAGAUCGCAAAUGAUUGAAAACAUAGAUGCCUGCUUGAAUUUCCUGGCAGCUAAGGGAAUAAACAUCCAGGGGCUGUCUGCAGAAGAAAUCAGGAAUGGCAACCUCAAGGCCAUCCUAGGCCUCUUCUUCAGCCUCUCCCGCUACAAGCAGCAGCAGCAGCAGCCCCAGAAGCAGCACCUCUCCGCGCCGCCACCGCCCGCCGUGGCCCAGGUGGCCGGGGCCCCCUCCCAGGGCCAGGCUGGCACUCCUCAGCAUCAGGUGCCAGCCACCCCCCAAGCCCUGGGCCAGCCUCUCCAGCCGGCGCCACAUCAGCAGUCAAAAGCACAAGCUGAAAUGCAGUCCAGUGCAUCAUCCAAGGACUCCUCUCAAAGCAAAAUCAUCCACUUCACUCUGGGUCAGAAAAAGAUUUCUAGGCUUCCAGGUCCUACCGCAAGGGUAUCCGCUGCAGGCAGCGAAGCCAAAACACGUGGAGGGUCAGCCACUGCUAACAACCGACGCAGCCAGAGCUUUAACAACUAUGACAAGUCCAAACCGGUCACCUCCCCACUUCCACCACCACCACCAAGCAGCCACGAGAAAGAGCCAUUGGCGAGCCCAGCCUCCUCCCACCCCGGAAUGAGCGAAAAUGCGCCCACUCCUCUGGAGAGCGGCAGCAGCUCCAGCCCUGCUAACAGCAGCGCCUCGUCGGCCAUCCCGCAGCCCGGCGCUGCCUCCAAGCCCUGGCGCAGUAAGUCAGUCAGCGUGAAGCACAGCGCUACGUCGUCCAUGCUCUCGGUCAAGCAGCCCGUGCCCGAGACCCCCAGGCCCUCCCCUGAAGCCAUGAAGCCGGCCCCCAACAAUCAGAAGUCUAUGCUGGAAAAGCUCAAGCUUUUCAAUAGCAAAGGGGCUUCCAAGGCAGGCGAGGGCCUGGGGUCGCGGGACACGAGCUGCGAGCGGCUCGAGAUUCUGCCCAGCUUUGAAGAGGGCGAAGAGAUGGAGGCCACUGGUCGCUCGCUGUCCACGGCGGGUCCCGCUUCCAACAGCCCCAAGAUCGCGCUCAAGGGCAUCGCCCAGAGAACUUUCAGCCGGGCGCUGACCAACAAGAAGAGUUCCCCGAAAGGCAAUGAGAAAGAAAAGGAGAAACAACAGCGAGAGAAGGAAAAGGAGAAGAGCAAGGACCUCGCCAAGAGAGCCUCUGUGACAGAAAGGCCGGACCUCAAAGAGGGGCCGAAAGAAGACCCCAGUGGGGCAGUGGUGACCGAGAUGCCAAAAAAGUCCUCCAAGAUCGCCAGCUUCAUCCCCAAAGGGGGAAAGCUCAACAGUGCCAAGAAGGAGGCAGCCCCUUCCCACAGUGGGAUACCAAAACCAGGAAUGAAGAGCAUGCCCGGGAAAUCCCCAAGUGCCCCUGCCCCUUCCAAGGAGGUGGAGCGGAGCCGGGGUGGGAAGCCGAGCUCGGGGCUCCCCCAGCAGAAGCCCCAGCUGGACGGCAGACACUCCAGUUCCUCUUCCAGCCUGGCGUCCUCAGAAGGAAAAGGCCCUGGAGGGACCACCUUGAACCACAGCAUCAGUAGCCAGACCGUCAGCGGGUCCGUCGGGACCACCCAGACCACAGGAAGCAAUACCGUCAGUGUCCAGCUACCUCAGCCCCAGCAGCAAUACAGCCACCCCAACACUGCCACCGUCGCGCCUUUCCUGUACAGGUCCCAGACAGACACCGAAGGGAAUGUGACUGCUGAAUCCAGCUCCACGGGUGUGAGCAUGGAGCCCAGCCACUACACCAAGAGUGGACAGCCUGCUCUGGAAGAACUCACUGGAGAAGACCCUGAGGCUCGGCGACUGCGGACCGUGAAGAACAUCGCCGACCUGCGGCAGAAUCUGGAGGAGACCAUGUCUAGUUUACGGGGGACUCAGGUCACACACAGCACAUUGGAAACCACAUUUGACACCAACGUCACCACGGAGAUAAGCGGCCGCAGCAUCCUCAGCUUGACCGGCAGACCCACUCCCCUGUCCUGGAGACUCGGCCAGUCCAGCCCUCGGCUCCAAGCAGGAGACGCCCCCUCCAUGGGCAACGGGUACCCACCUCGAGCCAAUGCCAGCCGGUUCAUCAACACCGAGUCGGGCCGCUACAUGUACUCCGCGCCUCUGAGGAGGCAGCUGGCCUCCAGGGGAAGCAGCGUGUGCCACGUGGACGUCUCAGACAAGGCAGGAGACGAGAUAGACCUGGAAGGCAUCAGCAUGGACGCCCCCGGCUACAUGAGUGAUGGGGAUGUUCUGAGCAAGAACAUCCGGACGGAUGACAUCACCAGCGGGUACAUGACCGAUGGUGGACUUGGCCUCUACACUCGUCGCCUGAACCGGCUCCCCGAUGGGAUGGCUGUGGUGCGGGAGACCCUGCAAAGAAAUACCUCCCUGGGCCUUGGUGAUGCUGACAGCUGGGAUGACAGCAGCUCGGUCAGCAGCGGGAUCAGCGACACCAUAGACAACCUCAGCACCGAUGACAUCAACACCAGCUCCUCCAUCAGUUCCUACGCCAACACACCUGCCUCCUCUCGCAAAAACCUGGAUGUGCAGACUGACGCCGAGAAGCAUUCACAGGUGGAGAGGGGUUCCCUGUGGUCAGGCGAUGAUGUCAAGAAGUCAGACGGAGGCUCAGACAGUGGCAUAAAGAUGGAGCCCGGAUCUAAGUGGAGGCGGAAUCCCUCGGACGUGUCUGAUGAGUCGGACAAAAGCACGUCGGGCAAGAAGAAUUCGGUCAUCUCCCAGACGGGCUCAUGGCGGCGAGGCAUGACUGCGCAGGUGGGCGUCACCAUGCCGAGGACGAAGGCGGCUGCCCCAGCAGGCACACUCAAGACCCCAGGAACUGGAAAAACAGAUGAUGCAAAGGUGUCUGAGAGGGGAAGGCUGUCUCCCAAAGGCUCCCAAGUGAAGCGCUCCCCAUCAGACGCAGGCCGCAGCAGUGGUGAUGAGUCCAAAAAGCCCCUCUCCAGCAGUUCCAGGACCCCCACUGUCAACGCCAACAGUUUUGGGUUCAAGAAGCAGAGCGGCUCGGCCGCUGGGCUGGCCAUGAUCACAGCCAGCGGGGCUACUGUCACCAGCAGGUCAGCCACGCUGGGCAAGAUCCCCAAGUCGUCUGCACUCGUCAGUCGGUCCACUGGCCGGAAGACGAGCAUGGACGGGGCUCAGAACCAGGACGAUGGGUAUCUGGCUCUCAGCUCCCGGACCAACUUGCAGUACCGGAGUUUGCCAAGGCCCAGUAAGUCCACCAGCCGCAACGGGGCUGGGAACAGGUCUAGCACCAGCAGCAUCGAUUCCAACAUCAGCAGUAAGUCUGCGGGCCUGCCGGUGCCCAAGCUGAGGGAGCCUUCCAAAAUGGCCCUGGGCAGCUCUCUGCCCGGUCUGGUCAACCAGACGGAUAAGGAGAAAGGCAUCUCGUCUGACAACGAGAGUGUGGCUUCCUGUAACUCGGUGAAGGUGAACCCAGCGGCCCAGCCUAUGUCCAGUGCGGCUCAGGCUACACUCCAGCCAGGGGCCAAGUACCCCGACGUGGCCUCUCCCACGCUCCGCAGACUCUUUGGUGGGAAGCCUACCAAGCAAGUGCCCAUUGCCACAGCAGAAACCAUGAAAAACUCAGUGGUGAUCUCCAAUCCUCAUGCCACCUCGACCCAGCAAGGUAAUCUAGAGUCCCCCUCAGGCAGCGGCGUCCUGAGCAGCGGGAGCAGCAGUCCUCUCUACAGUAAGAACCUGGAUAUCAACCAGUCUCCUCUAGCCUCCAGUCCCAGCUCAGCCCACUCGGGCCCUUCCAACAGCCUCACCUGGGGCACCAACGCCAGCAGCUCGUCCGCCGUCAGCAAGGACGGCCUGGGCUUCCAGUCCGUCAGCAGCCUUCACACCAGCUGCGAGUCCAUUGACAUUUCCCUCAGCAGCGGAGGGGGGCUGAGUCACAAUUCCUCCACGGGCCUCAUCACCUCCAAGGACGACUCCCUGACUCCCUUUGUCCGAACCAACAGCGUGAAGACCACACUGUCGGAAAGCCCUCUCUCUUCCCCUGCUGCUAGCCCUAAGUUCUGCAGAAGUACUCUGCCCAGGAAACAGGACAGUGACCCGCACCUUGAUAGGAACACUUUGCCUAAAAAAGGACUCAGGUAUACUCCCACUUCCCAGCUUCGCACCCAAGAAGACGCAAAAGAAUGGUUACGGUCCCACUCUGCAGGAGGCCUGCAGGACCCCGCUGCCAAUUCCCCAUUUUCCUCUGGUUCCAGUGUAACGUCUCCCUCCGGAACAAGAUUCAACUUCUCCCAGCUUGCGAGUCCCACCACGGUUACCCAGAUGAGCUUGUCCAACCCAACCAUGCUGAGGACCCACAGCCUCUCCAAUGCCGAUGGGCAGUACGACCCGUACACCGAUAGCCGAUUCCGGAAUAGCUCCAUGUCCCUGGAUGAGAAGAGCCGAACCAUGAGCCGCUCGGGCUCCUUCCGGGAUGGAUUUGAAGAAGUUCAUGGAUCCUCGCUCUCCUUGGUUUCCAGCACGUCAUCAAUUUAUUCUACGCCAGAAGAAAAGUGCCAGUCAGAGAUUCGCAAACUGCGGCGGGAGCUGGAUGCCUCACAGGAAAAGGUUUCAGCUUUGACCACCCAGCUGACCGCAAACGCUCACCUGGUGGCAGCCUUUGAACAGAGUCUUGGAAACAUGACGAUCAGGCUCCAGAGUUUGACCAUGACAGCUGAGCAAAAGGAUUCAGAACUGAAUGAGUUAAGGAAAACCAUCGAGCUGCUGAAGAAACAGAACGCAGCCGCCCAGGCUGCCAUUAAUGGGGUCAUUAACACACCGGAGCUCAACUGCAAAGGAAACGGUACCUCGCAGUCCGCAGACCUCCGUAUCCGCAGACAGCACUCCUCUGACAGUGUCUCCAGCAUCAACAGUGCCACCAGCCACUCCAGCGUGGGCAGCAACAUAGAGAGUGAUUCCAAGAAAAAGAAGAGGAAGAAUUGGGUCAAUGAGUUACGCAGCUCCUUCAAGCAAGCCUUCGGGAAGAAGAAGUCCCCCAAGUCUGCGUCCUCUCACUCAGACAUCGAGGAGAUGACAGAUUCUUCCUUGCCUUCCUCACCAAAGUUACCACACAACGGUUCCACGGGUUCCACGCCGCUGCUGAGGGGCUCUCACUCCAACUCCCUAAUUUCAGAGUGCAUUGAUAGUGAAGCCGAGACGGUCAUGCAGCUCCGAAAUGAGCUGAGAGACAAGGAGAUGAAGCUGACAGACAUCCGCCUAGAAGCCCUCAGCUCCGCACACCAGCUGGACCAGCUCCGGGAGGCCAUGAACAGGAUGCAGAGUGAGAUAGAGAAGCUGAAAGCUGAGAACGACCGGCUGAAGUCCGAGUCUCAAGGCAGUGGCUGCAGCCGGGCACCCUCCCAGGUGUCCCUCUCGGCCUCCCCGAGGCAGUCCAUGGGCCUCUCCCAACACAGCCUGAACCUCACGGAGUCAACCAGCCUGGACAUGUUGCUGGAUGACACUGGUGAAUGCUCGGCUCGGAAGGAAGGAGGCAGGCAUGUUAAGAUAGUUGUCAGCUUUCAGGAGGAAAUGAAGUGGAAGGAGGAUUCCAGACCACACCUCUUUCUUAUUGGCUGCAUUGGAGUUAGUGGCAAGACGAAGUGGGAUGUGCUCGAUGGGGUGGUUAGACGACUGUUCAAAGAAUACAUCAUCCACGUCGACCCCGUGAGUCAGCUGGGGCUGAAUUCAGAUAGUGUUCUGGGCUACAGCAUUGGGGAAAUCAAGCGCAGCGACACCUCUGAGACCCCCGAGCUGCUUCCCUGUGGCUAUCUGGUCGGCGAGAACACCACCAUCUCUGUGACCGUCAAAGGGCUCGCCGAGAACAGCCUGGACUCGCUGGUGUUCGAGUCCCUGAUCCCCAAGCCCAUCCUGCAGCGCUACGUGUCCCUGCUGGUGGAGCACCGGCGGAUCAUCCUCUCCGGCCCCAGCGGCACCGGGAAAACCUACUUGGCCAACCGGCUGUCCGAGUACUUGGUGCUGCGGGAGGGACGGGAGCUGACGGAUGGUGUCAUUGCCACCUUCAACGUGGACCACAAGUCCAGCAAGGAAUUGCGCCAGUACCUGUCCAACCUUGCUGACCAGUGCACCAGCGAGAACGACGCUGUGGACACGCCCCUCGUCAUCAUCCUGGACAACCUGCAUCACGUCAGCUCCCUGGGCGAGAUCUUCAACGGGCUGCUCAACUGCAAGGACCAUAAAUGCCCCUACAUAAUCGGCACAAUGAGCCAGGCUACCUCCUCUACUCCCAAUCUGCAGCUUCAUCACAACUUCAGGUGGGUGCUUUGUGCCAACCACACAGAGCCCGUGAAGGGCUUCCUAGGCCGGUUCCUGAGGCGGAAGCUCAUGGAAACGGAGAUCAGUGGGCGGGUGCGGAAUGUGGAGCUGGUAAAAAUCAUCGACUGGAUUCCCAAGGUCUGGCAUCACCUCAACCGCUUCCUGGAGGCUCACAGCUCCUCAGACGUCACCAUAGGCCCGCGGCUCUUCCUGUCAUGCCCCAUCGAUGUGGAUGGCUCCAGGGUGUGGUUCACUGACUUGUGGAACUACUCGAUUAUCCCCUAUCUCCUGGAAGCCGUCAGAGAGGGACUCCAGCUCUAUGGAAGGCGGGCUCCCUGGGAGGAUCCCGCCAAGUGGGUGAUGGACACCUACCCCUGGGCAGCCAGCCCACAGCAGCACGAGUGGCCUCCCCUGCUGCAGCUCCGGCCUGAGGAUGUCGGCUUCGACGGCUACUCCGUGCCUCGGGAAGGGUCUGCGAGCAAGCAGAUGCCCCCCAGCGACGCCGAAGGAGACCCACUGAUAAACAUGCUGAUGAGGCUGCAGGAGGCGGCCAGCUGCUCCAGCCCCCAGAGCUACGACAGCGACUCCAACAGCAACAGCCAUCACGACGAUAUCCUGGACUCAUCCCUUGAGUCUACUCUGUGACGGGCCAGCCGCGGAGCCUGCCCGCCUCCCGCCUCUGCCCUGCUCCGCCUGCGUCCCCUGCACCAUCCCGAAGAUGCCCUCCUGAGCCAGCCCCGGGGCCGCGUGAGAGCUGCAGGGAUACCCAGACCCCUCCUCCUCCAGCCUCCACCUGGGUGCGGGCCUCCCAGGCCAGCCGCCUUGGCGCCCCUUCCUUCCACAGUGAGACCUGCACUAUCUUCUUGUUUCUUUUCAUGAUCGUUUGCCUUGUUGCUGUGACCUCCCUAAGACACUGACGUUACUUCUCGGGAAAGGAUCGUCACCGUUGAAAUGAAAAGGUUAUAAAGAAAACAAACAAAAAAACCAAGAGCCCGCUUGGAAGCUCUGAAACCGAACCGCGUCCUGCCGCGACCUACCCGGAGCGGAAGAGACUGGAGCCGAGCUGGAGAUGCGGGCAGCACAGCUUGCCCUCAGCACAGACCCUCCAGGCCGGGUCCUGCCGCCAGCAGCCCCCACCUGCCUCCCCGCCCUCCCCGCAGCCGCCACGGAGAGGGCUGGUGCUAAGGAGGCGGCCGCUGCUGGGUCACGCUCGGCAGACUACAGAGCGACAGCGCAGGGAGACCUUAGGGAAACGCAAAGCGCGCUCGCUGUUUUGUGUUGCUCUUUAAAUGGUGCUCUCCUUACCCGAGAGGUAUUUUUGCCUGUUGCCGUUCGGCCGCACCUUUCAGAGCCAUCAGCCUCCAGCCGGUCCUGAGCGUGAGUGGAACGUGCGCGAACGGAUGUGGCCGCGAUGCAGACAGCAUGUGUCUACUGCCUCCUCCUAUCUCAGUGAAUCAGGUUUUUCUUUCUGCAAACACUGUGGACAGUGAGACUUGGUCUGUUUUGGAGAACUGGUUACCCCCUUGCAAAUGAGGUUGAGUUUCCCCCUUUUCUGACUCUUUGCUUUUGAAGAUUUUCCUCUGCUCCCCCUGCCCCCACCUUCGGUCAGAAUCAGUCCUUUGGUGAAAGAAAGAACCGCAGGAGUUGAGCUUCGGUUUGGUCCUGCUGAGUUCUGGUUGUUCAGUUGUCCAUCCUUACGGUUUUACACCUCGCCGUGCCCUGCUGGGCCCAGGGCUGGUCGCGUCCUUUCUGGUGGACCAGGACCCCAUCCUCCACACGCGGGUGAGCCAGGACCUUGCCUUUCCUUCUCGUCCUCGAGGCUUCAGAACGUACAUCGACACCUCAGGCGUGCCAGCCCCAACCUCAGGUGGGGUGCUGAGGUCACCUCGCACAAGACUUGCACUUUCCUCAGAACCAACGUGACAGCAAUUUCCACAAGGGGCCAGCGGCGGCUCCCUUCCAGAAGCCCCCGCCUCCGUCCGGACGAGUCUCGCCUGACCUCUUCGGUGCUGACCUUCCCAAAGCGAUGCCUUACUGGUUUUGUACUAACCGUGUUCAUUUACGAGUGUUGUGCCUGCCUGGGGUCCAUUAUUAUUUUUUUUGUUUGUUUUCCCCAUCAGAGCAAACAGGGCUAAAAAGUCAUCUACUCAUUAGGAGGACUCAAGUUGCUGUGACUUUUCUCAUCCAAAAGACUCAUUUGUGUGGAUGCGUGACCAUGGGUAAAAGAAAAAAGGAAAAAAAAAAGAUGCAUUUUUUUAGGUUCUUAUCAGUCUCCAGCUAACACUCUGCCUAGACAGUGCUGUCUGAUGCAAAAUAGGCUAAAGUUCCUACAAGUCCACAUGACAUUGCUGACACAGUCCUGCUAGCAUGUGUCUUCAACAUAUUGGUAUUUCCUUUAUAGAGAGUGCUAAAUCUGUAAAUUGUUUGUUUCUGCUUUAUAAAGAGAAUCUUUAUCGUACCCCAGUGGGGGUGUCUCUGUUAACGAUCAGGGUUUUUAUUCCACCUUUCACAUUUCUAUUUCUGAAGGUCCAUCUCUGUACAUUUUUUCUCAUUUUCUUACCACAAGAACUUGACCUGAAACUGCUCGCAUGACAUUGGACGACACCAUUUUCUUCCUCCUUAGAGGAAAAGGAGAAUGUGCCCCACUAGCUGGUGAAUGGAAAAGCUCUCCGUGCUGUCCUUGCUUUUAGCUCCAUAAACUCAGACUCUCUUGCGUGCAGCCUUCGUUAGCCAUCUGGUUGUGUGAGUGUGUCUUGUUCUGUUUUGUUUUUUCCAUAAAAAUUUAAACCAUGAAUUUAGCCUGUGACCACGGGCCACACCCUGAGCCUUCUGGUAAACCUGAAGAGUGGUCCUUCUCAAUCUGUUUCCCAACGAUGACCUUACACGCUCAUACUGUGAAUUUGGGAGGAGGUAAAAUGGACUUCUCCUUGGGGGCAGUUUUCCCAGUCACCUUGUGAGUAGACACCUGCCAAUAUUGUUUGACACUCUUUUUUUUUUUUUUUUUUUAAUUGACACCUUCCCUGUCUUCUCCCCUCUCCUACAGACUUCCCUCCCACUGGGUCCAGGCUCAGAACCGAGACCUCUGUCCCUGGUGCUGCCUGACAAGUGACCAGUGAUUUCAAGUAGUGUAGCCCUUGUGUGAUUCACAACUCCGUGUCCUUCCUAAAGUUUCGGGAAGCAGGGUUGUCUGAUAUGCACAUUUCUUAUUUCGGUCAUGUUUUCCUUUAGUGUCACUCACCCUUGACAAAGUGACUUUGUACUCAUUUAGGGCUCUGUCCGAAAUGCUUCCAUUUUGCCUUUUUCUACAGUUAGGCUAAUUUUGAAAUGUAUAAAAUUCUAUGCAACAUUUAUGUUGAGUUACCAAUGGAAGCCAAAAGUCUUCUUCCUGAACUGCCAAGAAUUAUACAGGCCAUAAAUGAGAUGGGAAUAUCUUUUAAUUUAAGUUUGGGGGUGGGGGAGGGGUGGGACAAGGAACGAGACUUGCCUAGACCUUUGUUGUGUCUUGGGGACAUUUUUUAUUUCACUGUCAAUGCUUCAUCUUCGAAAUUCUGUGUACUCAAAAUUUGAUUGUGGCGAAUCUACUUCAAAAGGAAAAAAUAAUCCAACUUUGUGGAUAUUAAAUGGAAGGUUUGCUGUUUUAAUCUCGUUGUUUCCAGUGGAGCAGUUUAUGAAAUAUGUCCUAUAAGAUGUACAUUUUUUCAUUGUAACAUAGAAAUUGUAAAUAAUCGAUUAAAGUGCUGCAUUUUGAUGAAUUUUUUCUAGCCAUUUUUAAAGAGAAAACUAGGAAUUGAGUAUUUUGUGUACGGUAUGUUUCCUUCCUCCUUCCCUCCCGCCCUCCCUAUUUAAUUUUCAUUUGUCAUGAAGUUUUUGGAUUUGCCGAUGAUCUACUGGAGAUCAUGCCCCAUGUCAUAGAGAAUAAAGCUGAUGAUUGUACCAGUCUUAAAUUAUUCAUGAUUCAAUAAAAUUGAUGCUUAUUUAUUCAGA